UUAUUUUAUUCAGUGGUGAAAUUAAAAUAAACAAUUACAAUAUGAAUGCAUUGACAGAAAACAAUGUGGAGAAUUGUAACGCAGAGAAUUCCGCGGAUUCGCUGCCGCGCCGACGGCGUCGAUCCAGUUUCUUCGAGCGUCGAAGCAUUGUGCCUGAACCGAUUAUGCAUAUUGAUGCUAAUGAUACCGAAGAUGGAGAAGUGGACGAGGAGUACUUAAAUCAGUACUACACACAGUUGCAGAAUGAGAAGAAUCAAUGGAAAAAAGAGGUUCAGAACAGACGAGGCAUUCUACAUGAUGCUGAAUUACAACUAAAAUUGACAAAGAACUCUGACAAAAUCCGAAUCAACUACAGCAUACUGUCAAACGAGGACAUCAAGUUUCUCGAAGCGAAACCCAACUUGACAGACCUGGUUGACAGUGUCAGGAAGCUACAGAGAUCUACGAGGGGGACUUAUGCCCUGUAUAAAAGAGCUAUGGAACUGGAUGAGGUAGUCUUGAGAGAUGUGGAAAGCAAAGUGGAACGGGUUACGAGAUAUUUGCUGGAACAUAGUCGUAAUGAAGUUGAAUAAAUUAGUUGGUAAGA